CGAGUACAACCCUGGAUCACUUUGCAAAAGCGCGCCAUCGCCGAAAGAUAAGAACGCCGAGAGUUUUACGGAAAAGGCUUAAAUUGAUUUUUCUCCAAACUUUGGUCGCAAUCUCAUCAUGAGCAAAAAUCAAACGAAAUCGUCUCGCGCCGGACUAACGUUCAGCGUGGGUCGCACGCAUUCCUAUAUGCGCAAGGGAAACUACGCCGAGCGUAUAGGCGCCGGCUCAUCGGUUUACCUGACCGCGGUGCUCGAGUAUCUGGUGGCCGAGGUAGCGGAACUGGCCGGAAACGCUGCCCGGGACAAUCGCAAGUCACGGAUCACACCGCGUCACAUUCAGCUGGCCGUCCGUAACGACGAAGAGCUGAGCGUGCUGAUGAAGGACAUCACGUUUUCGGAAGGCGGCGUAAUACCCAACAUUCACUCGAUGCUGUUGCCACGCAAAACGGGUGCUGGCUCUUCGACUGCACAAUACGCGGCAGCUUCCAGUGCUCAAAGUCAGGAAUACUAGGAGUAAUAAGAAGAAAGUUCUCCCUUAUUUUUUUAAAUCUAGUGUAAUGUAUUCGGCCGGAUCUAAUCUGGACUCCGGAUCGUUGAGGUGGCGGUUAUCUAGAAGGCCGGGUGAAAGAUCUGAAGAAUGUAUCAUUUUUAGGUUGUGGAGUUGGACAUUCCCAAUCGAAACUAGUUUGUAUCGUGCCAUCAAAGCGGGUUUUAAAUAAAGUAUUAUUAAUCGUUUUCGA